GCAGCGGCAGCAGUGGAGGUGCUGGUCUCAGGGCUCUGCCAUGCCUGGGGGAGAGGACACACAGCCCCCCGCCAACACCUACGCCUGCCCCUGAACAGCACCAGAGAACAGCUGCACGGGGCUGGAGAGACAGAGCAAGGAGGAGAGGAGAGGAAAACGGAAGAGAGAAUUCAGCAGAGAAAAUGAGGGAUUAAACAAGAAGAGAGAGGGGAAAAGAAGCAAACCUAACUACCUAUUGUCCAACCAGCAAACACUUUCCAGCCUGGCAUCUCCGGAGAGAGGAAGAGCAAGAGAGAGAAAGAGAGAAAUGAUGUGCGCUUAAUCAAGUGAUGAAGAAGAUGAGGAUAGCCCUGAUGAUGCCCCCCUGCACGCACUUGAGCUGUAUCCUGUUGCUGCUGCUGCUUUUGGGACAGGGCGGGCUGAAUAUCUGCCCCCCCACGUGCUCCUGCACUCGGGGGCACAGAACGGUGGACUGUUCAGGGCGGGGCCUCACCCAGCUCCCGGACGGCCUGCAGCACAACAUCCACGCCCUCAACCUGUCGCACAACCGGCUGCAGGACCUGGACGGCAUGCUAGCCCAUUUCACGCACCUCCGCACCCUGGACUUGUCCCGCAACCGCCUGUCCCACCUGCCCGCCGGCCUGCCCCGCGCCCUGUGGGACGUCCGCGUGUCCGGCAACCGCCUCCAGCAGCUGGAGAAGAACGAUACGGCCUACCACUGGAACCUGCGUGCCCUCGACCUGUCGUCCAAUCAGCUGGAACGCGUGGUCUUCAUCAACAACACCCUGACGGGCCUGCUGUCACUCAACCUGAGCCGCAACAAGUUCUGGACGGUCCCCACCAACAUGCCCACCAACCUGGAGACGGUGGACCUGUCCCACAACUACCUGGUGCAGAUCCUGCCCGGCUCCCUGGACCGGAUGACUCGGCUGGCCCACUUCUACUUGCACGGGAACCGGUUUGUGGCGGCGGACGGGGAGGUGUUCCGGAGGUUACACGGGCUUCGGCUCCUCACUCUCUAUGACAACCCGUGGGCUUGUGAGGACGAGCAGGGCCUGAAGGACCUGCUGGACUGGAUGCGGCAGACCUCCGCCCGGGUUUUGGGGUGUCCGUGUCACACCCAUUCGGUCUGCGGGGAGGCCCACCUAGCCUCCACGGGGUGGUGGCACUACGCCUCCUACACCCUGCACCCCGUGGGGGCUGACGCCUACCCUAGUCGGCCCCCCAUGCAGGCAGUCACCUCCGGGUUCCUGUCGAAGUCCGCUCUCCUGAACCCGGUCCCCAGCCUUAUCCCGCCGGGCCCCGACGGGAACCCUGCGCCCUCCCAAAGCCACCGCCCGGCCUCCACCCUGCCCGCGUUCUCCACCUUCAUGAGCACAACGCCCCGCCCGAGGAGGGCUGGGGCGGCGGGCGGAGUCGCGGGCGGAGUCGCGGGUGGAGCUGGAAAGGGCGGGGCAGGGUUAGGGGUCCCCCGCAGCACAAGCGAUGGACUCAGUGCCCCGCUUCCAUCCAUCAUCGCUCUGAUCUUUUUUCUAAUGAUCAUAUUCCCCAAAAGCAUCUGAACCCCCCUUUCCACCCUCUCUUUCCCGAACCAUUGCCUUUCCCUCAGACUCCACCGAGCUUUCAGCACCCCCAUACCUCCUGUGGAUCCACAGUUUGUUUUCUUUUAUUAUUAUUAUAAUGAUAACCUCUGACUGUUACUGCCUAUAUUAAAACCGGAUGUUUAUUCUUUUCUUCUGAAUGCUUCCCAACAUGUCAACUGCCGAAUGCAGAAUUUGAGUAAUGUAUGACCACAUUAUGAGACUCAUCAAUAUACAUUAUCUAUAUCCAGUGUGUAAUGCAUAAGGGAACACAGCUAUUUAACAGUAUUACUGGAAAACAAAAUGUUCCAAUCUCUGUAUUAUGCUUGUCCAUUGAAGGAUAAUGCUGUAUUUUAUAAAUAUAAAAAGACACAGAAAAAUA